AUGAGAAAAAGAGCUGUUCGGAUAUUAGCCAUUAAGCAUGAAAAAGUAGCCAAUCAAAGAAAAGAUUUAGCCCAUAAGUUAAGUCGAGAAUUAGUUAAGAAAUACGACCUAAUAGCCCAUGAAAAAUUACAAGUAAAGAAUAUGGUGAAAAAUAAAUUGGCAGAAACUGGUAAGAGAGUAGUCGAAGUUGAAGCACGAAAUACUAGUCAAAUAUGUAGCAAUUGUGGUGAAUUAAAAGAACCGAAAUUGAAAUUAAGUCAACGAGUAUUUAAGUGUUCCAAUGGUGAUUACAAAGAUAAUCGAGAUGUAAAUGCUGCUCGUAAUAUAUUGAAACGAGCAGAAUUAAGAAUUAAUGGAAGCGAUUUUGAUAAAUCACGACAAGAGUUAGGUACUAGCCUUCCAGGAGCAGUCUCAUUAGAGGCUUUGUAG